GCCUCAAAGUUUUUUUUUCGUCAUCUUUUAAGUCGGAGACAUCGUCGCGUCAAGUCACAAUGGAAGCCAAAGAUACCGUUUUGUGCACUUCUUCCCGCUGAGGUGGACUCUCUCUCUCUCUCUCUCUCUUUUUUAUUCUUCCCGCCGACGCCACUUUUGUGACCAACUUUUUGAUGCCUUUUCGACACAUUUCCGUUAUGCGAAGUCCAAACUGUUGUGUUGUCGUCGUGCUGCGGUGGGUGCCCAUCCGAGAUAACGGAGAACUGAUUCUCAACCGGUCUGGUUACUGCAAUGAAUGGUAACACAUUCCAUCCAGUCAGCACCACCACGACAGUAGGAGGCAGCCCAGGCGUGGUGGCACCCCCGCGAGGCUGGAGGGAGUUCUGCGAGCUGCAUGCCAUCGCCACAGCACGGCAACUUGCAGGACACUACUGGAACUUCGCCAGGGAGCGCCCCCAGCAUGACGUUCUCCCGCCGGAGACGUUUUCCAAGCAGUUCACCGACAUCUUCCAGCAGCACUUCAGCUGCGAGGUCGACAAGGAUGGCACGCCUCUCCAGCAGAGCACCUGCUCCACCGCUCCUGGCAACACUACCAGCACUAGUCCGGCGGUUCCUCCGGUUUCAUCGCAGACCAUGAUCAGUCGAUUACGAAUCACUGCUUUGUCCGGGGUGCAGGACUACCGGGAGGCGGGUCGACAAACUGGAGGAGCCGCUCUCUUUACCGUCGUGUCGCCAAAAGUAGAGCCGGUCGUGGCGAGCAGGGAGCAAGAGCAGCCUCUGCGUUGCACGGCGGGAAACCCCCAUUCAGGAAACCCGGUGCUGCUCAGGGGCUUGACCCGUACAUUCGGCAGCGGGUCAUUAUUGUUCCGUAGCCGUAGUAACGAGGAGCUGUCUGGCACAGACGGUCGACAAGUAGCCAACCCUUCAGCUUCGGGUCCAUCACAUGACGUCACACACUUCUCUGUCAAUCAGAUUCGGCAGUCUGUCAGACGACUUUUUAAGAAACGGCCACUUCCCAGGCCGCCCUCGUCCCAGGACCUGUCUGCCAACAACCUCACCCAUUCGCUCACCUGCCCCGCUAGCAGUGCGCCCUUCACGUCUGAGCAAACAUUACCCUCUUCUUCCACACAAACACCCUCUUUGCUCAACUCUGAAGCCACGCCUCCGGCAUCGUCACCGCUCUCUGGAGUAGCCUUCAAUUUCCUGGAUCGUUUCCGUUGGUUACGCGGCGGGAGCAUGAGGCAGAGGAGAUCAGAGGUCAGCAGCUGCUGUAAAGAGGGCCAGCUAAGGUACUUGCAAGUUGACGACACCAUUUCAGACUCUCUGCCGCGAUGGCAGCGCUGCCGCCUGCUGGUCAGGAGGAUCAGGGACGCUGAAGGCGGAGGAGGCGAGGGCUACCAGUUGGAGCUUUAUGAUCCUCCAAAGGCCUCCGGUCCCAAACUGACGACUCACUGCUCAGAUAUCCAAGAAGUCCGUCGCUGCAACCGGCUGGAGAUGCCCGACAACUUAAAUACGUUUGUUUUAAAGGUUAAUCGAGGCAGUUUGAUAUUUGAGACGGACAACGACCAGCAGGUCAGCUCCUGGACUACAGAAAUUAAAGAAUGCAUCAACAACAGGUUGGGGAGUGUGGAUCUGGAGCCCCUCCCUUCCCCGGUUGAUAGCGGCAUCUCGACCAGUCACAGAGCAAGCUCCGAGCCGGGAAGUCAAAGUGAUUGGCGGCCCGGUUCCUCCCACCUGGCUCCCCAGACGCGACCCGUCACAAUUAGCUGCCCAGUCACCCUGGGUCUGCCAGAGCCGCUCAUCCACAAGACGGAUCACUUCCUCUUCUCCUACCCGUGGUUUCACGGGCACAUCUCCCGGGUCAAGGCGGCCCACCUGGUCCAGAGCUCGGGGACCGAGGGCCACGGCGUCUUUCUGGUGCGUCAGAGCGAGACGCGGCGAGGAGACUACGUCCUCACCUUUAACUACCAAGGAAAAGCCAAGCACCUGCGCCUCUCGCUGACCGAGUGGGGGCAGUGCAGGGUGCAGCACCUGCGCUUCCCCUCCGUCAUGGAAAUGCUCAGCCACUUCCGCCUCUUCCCCAUCCCGCUCGAGUGCGGAGCCGCCGGCGCCGUCACGCUCUCCAGCUUCGUCGUGGCCGGCUCCAGCCCCCCGUCACAGGGUCAGCUCUCUGGCGCCCUCUUGGUGCCGUUCUCGCUUCACCGCUGGAACUCUGAGCCCAGCUUGGCCCACUGCGGCAUGUCUCGCGGUUGCAGCCAGCCGCCCUCCUCUUCCUCCUCGUCCUCCUCCACGUCGUCCUCCUGCGCCGCCGCGGGCGCUGCCGGCCCGCAGCCGCCCCAGCACGUCGCCCCGACCCCGUCGCCGUCGACCGGCGCCGCCGUCUCCGCUCCCCUGCGCCGCAGCGAGUCGGCGGGCCGGCGCCCGCUGCUCCGCCACGGCAACCCGCACCCGCCCGUCAUCCCCCAGCGGGACUCGGACUACGAGCUGGAGCCCGAGCGCGGACGUAAGCGGGCCAUCGACAACCAAUACAUGUUGCUCUGACCUCCCACCUGCUCUAUGAGAUGCACGCGUUUGAUGCAGGGUGUGCGGAGCAGACUCGAGACCCCCACAGCCUCCACACAGGUGUCCACAGUGAAUGUAUUUUGUUGUUUGGGGUCGGGGGGAGCCGACAGGUUGUCUUCAAGCCAAGCGAGCAAAAACUAUUUUUCUACAUUUUCUAAAAGCAAACUUUUGAAGGUUGGCUUCUUCCAAUGAAAUGCUAGCUUAGCACGAGUCACGUGUGAAUUGACCACUUUUUAUUUAUGUUGGCCGCCUCUCGCUGCCUCCUUUCGUAACUUUGCCGACGCUAGAUCACUUUUUUACCCCCCGCACCCCCACAAAAAAAAAGCCAUUUAUUCUUGGCACAAUGUUCCCCGGGUGGGGCCAACACUCACUUUCGUAUAUAAACACAAACAACGAAGCACUCUUCUUUCUCUUGUUCAUCACUUUUGGGGACUUCUAAUUCUUUGUCACAAUAUUUCUCAUUUUUGUUCAUUAAUUUCCUAUAAAAGUAGGACAAUGCCCUAGUAGGUUAACACUCCUGCCUCACAGUGGAGAGGUUCUAGGUUCAAAUAACGGCCUGUGUGGAGUUUGUGUUCUCCCCGGUUUCCUCCCACAUUCCAGAAAUAUGCGGGUUCGGUUCACUGAAGACUCGAAAUUGUCCAUAGGUGCGAAUGUGAGUGGGAAUGGUUGUUUGUUUAUAUGUGCCCUGUGAUUGGCUGGCGACCAGUCCUAGGUGUACCCCGCCUCUUGCCCAAAGUCAGCUGGGAUAGGCUCCAGCGAGGACAAGCGCUAAAAAAGAAUGGAUGCCUUUUGCUCUCGAGGUUUAGAGACAAUGUAUAUGUUUUAUCUAAACACACAUUCUUUUGUAGAGAAUACAAAAUAAAAUAUAUAGAAAACAUAAAAAUAUAAAAUACAGAAAACAGUCAAGAAGCUCUGCCCUCUUUCACUUAGAGACCCUGCAAAAUUGCCUCAUCAAUACCAGAGCCGCCAUUUUUCAGCCUUUCACAUCGCCUCUGUUGUGGCACUAGCCUCUUUCACAAAGAGAUACUGCAAAAUUGUCACAUCAAAGUCGUAACGGAAGAUCGGCCAGUCAUCAGCUUUUUACACGAAACCCAGCUAAACCGGGAUUGUGAAGACCCGCCAUUUGUCAACUUUUUACACCUCUUCUGCUGUGGCUGUAGUCUCUUUUUAUACAGAGACCUGGUGCAUCAGUACUGUCAAAGAGCCACCAUUUUACACGGAACCCAGCUUAGGCAGAAUGUUUCUGCAUCUGUGUGCUCUUUUACACAAUUACACUUUUACGCAGGGAUACGCAAAAUUUCUGUGAUAGAAGAUCCAAAAUGUAUCAACCUUUGCCUUUUACACGAAACCCUGCAUACCACCGCACCCUUAACCUUUCUUCCAGGCCUCAUUCUGUCUGUUGUGGCAUUAGCCUCUUUAUAAAGCGAUCCUGGAAAAUUGUGAGAAUUCAACAUUUAGGAGCCUUUUACGCGGAACCCAGCUAAUCUGGGAUAUUUUCAAAUGCGUUUGAUUUUUAACAGCAACACAGCAUCUGCAAUUAGAUGAUGCCUGGCGUGACGUAGGCAAAAUUGUUGUCGGACGGCGACAAUUACUCUCACCACAAAAUAGCGGAUUGCGAAAAAAAACCUUUCACACAGGUCUGUUACAGCUUGAGCCCCUUUAACCCAGCUAUCCUGCAAAAUUGGCACAUCAGAAGCUCUGCCAUUUGACACAAAACCCAGCUAAGAUGAUCUGUGUGAACUUCCAUACGGUGAAACAGCACCAGCUAAUUAGAUUAUGUCAACACUGGCGUCUGAUGUGACAUAAAAUAGUUGUCAGACAGCCAUAAUUGGUUUCAACACAUCCGUGUCCCGGUAUAAAUUUACAGUGGAUAAAAUAAAGUGUACACACCCCUGUAAAAAUGAAAAAAUAAGAUGAAUAUAAACCAUUUCAAAGCUUUUUCCAUCAUUAAAGUUACCUUCAACCUGUUUAACUCAGUUGAGAAAAAAGAAAUCUGAGAAUGGAAAUAAAUAUAAACUGAGGUCAUGUGUUUGCACACGUGUGCACACCCUCUUGGGGAUAAUUGGGGAUGUGGCUGUGUUCAGAAUCAACCACAUUCAAACACGUGUGCACACACCUGCCACCAUUUAGUGUGCCUCUGAUUACCCCUCAGCUGUUCUCGUAGGGUUUUCCUGAUAUUGUUUGCUUUCGAGCAGAAGCCUGGUUUUGUGCUUUUGUGUGUGUGUGUG